UCUCCUAAUCCAAUAUAACAAGAAAUUUCAAUAAACAUCUUGCAUUUAACAAAGAGGGUUUAGGGUUCUUGCGAGAUGGCGAGGAGGAAGAAAAGGAAGCGGGCGAAUGCAAGCGGUCGACCAGAGGUAGCUCCUUCCAUUGAUGCCUUAAAUGCGCGGGACGAUCAGCAAUCCAAGCAAAUGGUCGUUUACGCCGACACGUCCGGUUUCCUUGGGCGCCAAGAAGAGGAAGCAAAAGAGGGUCAAGAAGUGAAAGAGGAAGAGGUGUUGAUGUUGGAGCUAAACCCAGUAUCAGAUCCAGUAGAAGAAGACGAUGACGACGACGACGACGAAGAAGAAGAAGAAGACGACGAAGAAGAACAACUCCCAGGCUCGAGCAAACGAUCGCCCAGUCGCUCCAAGGCUCUGAAAAGGACGAGGACGUACAAGACCGGCAUCUAUCCGUGCAGCAUUUGCGAGCGAGUUUUCAAGUAUAGUUGGCACCUCAAGAACCAUCAGCUCGUCCACUCCGAUGAGAGACGCUUCCGGUGCCAGUUCCCUGGCUGCGAUCGAACGUACAAGCGGAGGGGCGAUGUCAACGUACACAUGAAAAGGAGCCAUCGGCUGUCUGUCCGCAAGAGAAUCAAGUCGUCGUAGAAGUUCCAAGAGCUCCUGAAAGUUUAUUACGAAGAUCCACUAUUCGUACGUACUUCUGUAGCUAGGAUUGUUUUCCUGACGAAACUAGCGUUUCAUUCAGCUUGUAGGGAGAUUCUAGAGUGAGCGAGCACACCAGGGAUGGGACUUCGUCACCUGCGAGGGGAAGCAGCUGUUAUAGUCUUUAGAGAAAUCAAAACACUCUUCUUCUUA